UCUUGAGGCUCUUGACUUGGCACAGUAUCGGGCAUGAGUGGUUGUCUCACUCUUUCACUCUUCACCAACCAAACCCAAAACCCAACACUCUCCAACUCAACACAAACUUAAACAUCAUCGAAACUAAACAACAAACAUAACAAAGCCUGCCCUAAAAUCCACAUCCCGAGGAAAAAAAAAACAAGUAAAAGGCUCCCCAUUUUCUUUUUGCUCAUUAUCUCUUUGGCAUCCAUUGUUUGUCUUAAAAAGAAGAGCUCAAGUCCAUGGAUUCAAUGACCCCCCAUGUCUCUUUUCCUUCAACAAAAGAGACCCCAUCUUCAUCAUCAGGUUCUUUUCUCAUCCGAGCUCCUUUAACUGCUGAUUCUGAUUCUGAUUCUGAAUAUGAAUCUAACGGUAAUGAAACUGCAAGCACUGUUGGUGGGAGUAGUUUGAAUAGUUUUGAGAACAACAGUGAGUUGGAGUCUGAAGUUGAGGAGUUUUUGAGUGGUGAUGAGGAGUUUGAAACUGCUUCUGAGAUGGAGAGGCCUUUGGUGGGAGACCCAAAUGAGGAAACCUUGGAAGAAGAGAAUAACGGUAUUAAUCGAAGUUACAAAAUUUAUGUUGCUAAUAAAGAUGAUGAUAUGGAUGGCUUAGAGAAUUCAAUGGAAGAUGAGGAAGAGAGUGGUGUUGCCAUUGGUUUGGUGAAUGGUUCUAAUUCAAACCCGGUUGUUCCUAUUGCCCAAUUGUCAAUGGAUGAUGAAGAGUUUGCUGAAAUGUUGACUGAUGAGGAAAUGGUGACUGAAAUGGAAGAUGCAGGGUUUCCUGGUGCUGUUGAAAGCACACCUAGAAUAAAUGUGGCUUUGGGGGUUGAAGGUGGAGAAGAAGAAGAGCCAUUGAAGUUGAGAAGUUCUGCUUUUCUUAACCAAUAUGACUCGUCUAUGCUGGUUAAGGAAGAGGUUGAGAAUGGUGGUUUGGAAGAUUUUGUAGCUAAAGAUAAGGGGUCUAGUUUGGAAGGGAGCCAAAAAGAUGUUCUGAUGGAAAUUUCCAAAUUGGAUGAGGAUGUUAAACAUUCUGAUGAUAAAACCGUAGCACUGGAGAAUCUGGUUGAUGAGAGGAAUGAGACAAAGCAUGGGGAUGGUCAUGAGAUAGAGGAAAAGAGUUCUUUUGCGGUCAAUGAUCCCAAUCUUGCUUCUCAACCUGUGGUGGAACCUGUUGACGAGAUUGUUGUGUCCAAUGUGAAAGAAUUGAUGAAUGAUAUGGACUCCUCUAAAUUUUCAUCUCCAAUAUCAAUUCCAGACCAAAAUGUUAAACCAGAAGUAGAAGAUGUAGAUAAGCAUGUGGCAGAAAAAGUUUUCCUUUCUGAUGAAGAUGUUGUGCAAUCUCCAAUAUCAAUUCCAGACCAAAAUGUUAAACCAGAAGUAGAAGAUGUAGAUAAGCAUGUGGCAGAAAAAGUUUUCCUUUCUGAUGAAGAUGUUGUGCAACUUAUUUUUGGAAGCUCCGAUACAACCAAACAAGUGCUGAAUGAGGUAGAGCAUGGAUUAACCUCCACUUCUCUUUUGAAGGUAAGUUCGGAGGAUCAAUUGGAGACAUUAAGUCAGCAAAUUGCUAUGGACUCAGAUGAAGAAGUGGAAGCAGAGAGGGAAGAUGAAGCAAAGGGACUUUUCAAUUCUGCUGCAUUGGCUGCUCUUCUGAAAGCAGCAACAGGUGCUGAAUUAGAUGGUGGAGGCCUCACAAUCACUUCUCCUGGUGGUUCUAGGGUAGUCUCUCUCGAGCGCCCAGCUCAUUCAAGUUCCUCAUUCCAUUCUUCAAAAGUUGCUCCGUCAAAUAUGGUUGAGGUUGUCUCCAAGGACAAUAUAAGUGAUGAAGAUAAGAAGAGGUUUGAGAAGUUACAACUAAUAAGAGUGAAAUUCUUGAGACUUGUACAGAGACUAGGUUAUUCUGCCGCUGAUCCCAUGGUGGCAAAGGUGCUGUACAGGCUGGCCCUAGCUUCAGGUAGUUUUUUCAGUCAAGAAUUCACCCUUGAAUCUGCCAAGAAAGCAGCUAUGCAGCUUGAAGCAGAAAAUAAAGAUGACUUAGACUUUUCUUUGAAUAUGGUGGUUCUUGGAAAAACUGGAGUGGGAAAGAGUGCAACCAUUAAUUCCAUUUUCCGUCAACAAAAAUCCAGAAUUGAUGCUUUUGAACCAGCCACAACUGCUGUGAAGGAGAUUGUUGGAACAAUAGAUGGAGUUAAGAUCAGAAUCUUUGAUACUCCUGGUCUUAGAUCUCCUGUGACAGAAGAAGCUACUAAUUGCAAACUAUUAGCAUCUAUAAAGAGGUUUGUAAGGAAGUUCCCACCAGAUGUUGUUCUCUAUGUUGAUCGUUUGGACACACAUGACAAAGAUCGUACUGAUUUUCUGUUACAAAAGUCACUCACUGAUGCUCUCGGUUCAUCAAUAUGGCAAAAUGCCAUUGUAGCUCUUACUCAUGCGGCAUCUGCUUCCCCAGAAGGGCCAUCAGGGGAACCCCUAAGUUUUGAGGUCUUUGUUGCUCAAAGGUCCCAUUUGGUUCAUCAAACUAUCAGCCAAGCACUUGGUGAUCUGCGUUUAAUGAAUCCAAGUAUGAUGCAUCCUGUGGCUCUUGUUGAGAACCAUCCAUCAUGUCAGAGAGACAGAAAUGGAGAAAGUUUGCUUCCCAAUGGGCAAAUUUGGAGGUCACAGUUGCUACUCUUGUGCUAUUCAGUGAAGAUCUUAUCUGAAGCAAUUUCUUUGUCAAAACCUCAAGAUCCUUUUGAUCACCAGAAGCUUUUUGGCUUCCGACUUAGAUCCCCACCCCUAACUUACUUGCUGUCUUCUCUAUUGCAAUCUCGUCAUCAUCCAAAACUACCAAACAAUCAGGUUGGUGAGGAGGAUGUUGACAUGGACAUUGAGUUGGGAGACUUGUUUAAUUCUGAUGGAGAAGAUUAUGAUGAAUAUGACCAGCUUCCACCAUUCAAGCCUCUAAGGAGAUCUCAGGUUGAUAAACUUAGCAAGGAGCAGAGAACAGCUUAUUAUGAGGAGUAUGAUUAUCGUGUGAAGCUACUUCAAAAGAAACAAUGGAGAGAGGAGGUGAAAAGGUUGAGGGAAAUUAAGAAGAAAGUGAAAGAUGGUGAAAAUAAUUACAUUACUGUUGGACAUGAUGUAGAGGUUGAAGUAGGGGAUCGAGCUACUGUACCAGUCCCUUUGCCUGAUAUGGUUCUCCCUCCUUCCUUUGAUGGAGACAACCCUACUUACCGAUACCGGUUUUUGGAUUCUGAAUCUCAGCUUCUCAUGAGGCCAGUUUUGGACUCACAGGGUUGGGAUCAUGAUAUUGGAUAUGAUGGUGUCAGCCUUGAAAGAAGUCUUGCUAUAGCCGGUUAUUUUCCUGGGGCUUUUGCUGUUCAAAUCACAAAGGAUAAAAGAGAGUUCAAUAUCCAUUUGGAUUCCUCAGUCUGUGCAAAAUAUGGAGAGAAUGGAUCUACAAUGGUGGGAUUUGAUAUCCAAAAUGUUGGAAAACAUCUUUCUUACAUCUUCAGGAGCGAAAUAAAAUUCAGAAAUUUCAAAAUAAACCAAACAACUGCUGGUUUAUCAGUUACUUUCUUAGGUGAAAAUGUGGCUACUGGACUUAAGAUUGAGGAUCAGAUUGCAGUAGGAAAGCGCUUGGUUUUUGCUGGAAGUGCUGGGGCUAUGACAUCUCAAGGUGAUACAGCAUAUGGCGCCAACAUUGAAAUCCGCCUGAAGGAUAAGGAUUUUCCCGUUGAGCAAAAUCAGUCCACAUUUGGACUGUCUUUGGUGAAGUGGAGGCGUGACCUGGGUCUAAUGGCCAACCUACAGUCUCAGUUCUCUAUCGGACGUAGUUCUUCAAUGGCAGUUCGUGUAGGAUUGAACAACAAGCGGAGUGGACAAAUCACUCUCAAAGUAAGCAGCUCCCAGCAAUUACAUAUAGCACUUGCAUCAUUGCUUCCAAUCGCAGCUUCCAUCUUGCGGAUGAUCUAUCCUGGCUCUGAUUUAAAAAGUUCUGCAUGCUAGCAUUUUCAUUAUUCCAGGGUCACUCUGACCCCUAAUGGUGCUAAAUUUUGGUUUGUCUAGCAAUUUCAAUUUAUUUUAGCAACCUAGUAGGUGAUCUGAACUGAAACUUCAAUGAAACAGAAGCUACUUAAUUGAUGGUUUUGAGCAACCUUAUUCAUUGUUACUAUCCCUCUACCUCAUCUGGCCAUAUGAAUGCAAUUUGGAAUAGACCAGGAAACUCAAAAUUGUGCUGAUGAGUCGGUGAAAGUUUCUUAUCCCUGCUCAUAAUACUUUCAACUAUGGUCGUUUUGACAUUUUCAAUUUUCAUCUUAUGGAUUACUGCAUUCACUCAAUGAUUUCUGUGCUAAAUAUAUUAACCUGUGUCAUUGCUACUUAAAAUUACUGUGUUCAUAAAGUGUAUUGUGCCAGAUUCUUGAAAUACAAUGCACAAAUCUCAUCUAGGGGAAGUUCACUUAUGGCAUGCACCGAUUAGUAGGACAGUUAUGCACGUUCUAAGGCAAAGAGAAAACAAAACAA